AUGGCUUCUUAUCAUACUUUUUCCAUCUUCAUAGCUUCAUCUUUGCUCAUUUUAUCCUCUUUCUCAAAUGCAAAAACCCCACCAAAACCUAAAGCAUUCACCUUCCCAAUUUGGAAAGAUGACACAACUAACCAAUACUACACCAAAAUCCAAUUUGGUUCCAACGUCACCACACUCAACGUUGGGGUCGAUCUUGGCGGCAAGUUGCUAUGGUUCAACUCCCCCGAAUACUUCUCCGCGGCUGACUCAUUCCGCCCAACCCGAUGUGGCACUAAGCAGUGCAAGAUAGCAGACGGAAUCGGUUGUGUCUUCUGCUUCCUGUCACCACCGGCUCCAAGAUGCACGAACAACACAUGCUCUGACUACGCCCUCAAUCCCUUCACUGGGACCGAGGACUAUAGUGGCAUAGGCACUGACGUCCUGCGUGUAGGCUCUACACGCGGGACCCAGUACAAAGUCAAUAACUUUCCCUUUAAAUACGCCCACGACGCCUUGUUGGAAGGCCUAGCCACCAACCUGGCCGGGCUCAUUGGCCUGGCCAGAACUAGGGUUUCGCUUCCAGCACACCUAUCAUCAGCUUUCAAAAUCCGCGAGAAGUUCAUGCUAUGCCUCCCUUCUUCGGGAGGCAACGGGAGCAUGAUCAUUGGCCAGACAGCUUAUACAAAACCCUUCCAACAGAUCUCGGAAUCAAUGUGGACCACACCUCUGCUCAGAAACCCUGUGAGCACAUCCGGCAACGAAUUAGUCGGAAAUCUCAGCAUCCAGUAUUUCAUCGGCGUCAAGUCCAUCAGAGUCGGCGAGACGCCUCUCGUUCUAAACAAAACUCUCCUUUCGAUCAACAAGAGGACCGGAGAAGGAGGGACGAGCAUACGGACGGUGAGGGCAUACACGAGCCUGCACAAGUCGAUCCACGCAGCUCUGGUUAACGAGUUUGUGAAGGCCGCAGCAGCAAAGAACAUCAAGAGAGUGGCGUCCGUGGCUCCAUUCGGUGCUUGUUUCGAUUCCAAGACGAUAUCCAGCACCGAGGCUGGGCCGGAUGUGCCGAUUAUCGAUUUCGUGCUGCAGAGUAAGAGCGUUUACUGGCGGUUUUACGGGUGGAACACGAUGGUGAGAGCUGGAGAGGGGGUGAUGUGCCUUGCGUUAGUGGAGGGGCAACCGAAUUUGUCGGGGCCGACGACGUCGAUCGUUGUGGGGGGUUACCAGAUGGAGAAUCAUCUGCUGGAGUUUGAUGUGGCGGCGGAGAAGCUAGGUUUUAGCUCGUCGCUUCUACUGCGUGAUACGAGCUGCAACCAGUUUCGAGCUGCCUAGAUGAUGAGAAUAAAUGUGGAAGAUGAUGUUUGUUUACUUUUAUUAUCAAAUAAAAAUUUGUUAUUGCAUCA